UCAUACACAGUACUGGCCCCCACCAUGGAGGGAAAGAGAAGUUUCUAUCGCUACUUCUGCUGCUGCUGCACUGAGGAACAGCCGGAGAAAAAGCCGCUGAUCAGUGAUACUUUACUGUAUUUUGACCGGGAAGUGAAGCGCCGACGAGCAGAAGAAGCCAAUCUUUGGAAUGAGCCCCAGGACGUGUCGCACACGGAGAGGGAUGAUGAUCGCGAACUCUACAACCUUCUACAGAAACGGUCAAAGACUCGCCGGGGGUCCGAGGGUUACCGAAGGCUGAGCUUUGAUAUCAGUGCCCACCGGCAGAUACGGAAGGAUGUGAAGGACCGAUGGAGGGUGCUGCUGGAAAACCUGGGAUUCAGUAAUGAAGCGGAUUCCCUUCUCACUGUCACCUCCAACACUUCGUACAAGAGCCUACGGAACCCUGCCGAGGCGCGGCACCUACUCAGCUUACUGGCCCAGGAGAGCAGCAUCUUUGAGCAGCAGAGCAUCCCGCCGGAAAGAUAUCUCUUUGUCCUGGACCGUCUCAUAGUCCUGGAUAUGGGGACAGAGUUUGUGUCUAUCGCGAGGCGUUUUUAUCCCCCCGAGACAGAAAAUAAUGCUGAAAAGGAUGCAGUAGAACCCGGGGCUGCUGUCCUAGUCAGCCCUUGUGCCGAGGAACCCGGAGAACCCGGUGAGAAAGAGGAGUCAUCUGUAGAAGUAGAUGAAGACAGCUUCUUAGUGAAUCUCCUGGAAUAAUAAUCUUCUUGAACACAAGCACCAUGACCAGGGCCGGAACUAGGGGCAGGCAGAAGAAACACCUGCCUAGGGCGUAAUGAUGGGGGGUGGGGGGUGGGGUGCUAGGCAGGUAACUCUUCUAUAUACCCCUAGUCCAGGAUCGCUUACCCUCAGAGUUGCUUUUUACCAUGCUCCCCCCUCUGUCCGCGAUGUCCAUCCACCUUGGCCAGCCUCUGACCCUGACACAUUUCUUCUGGGAACCCUCCUUUAUUUAAAAUAUUUCCUCUUCACUUCCCGGUCUCAGUUUGUUUUGUUUUUGUCCAAAUAGCACCAUGUCAUUUCAUUGCCCAGUCCAUUGAAUGUCUGCAUCCCACCUCUUGCCUACAUACAGCCAUCUUGUGUCUAAUACAGAGGUCUUCGGACUUAAUGGGUUCAGGGCUUCCACUUUGUCCUCUACCAUUUUCUCAGGACCCCCUUAGUGCAUAACGUGAUGAUAUGAAAAUAUGGCUAUAACCACAGGGCGGACAGUGACAUUUUGCUUGAGAUGGCUUGAGAUCAGUAGGUGACUCCCAGUUGGGAGAUGAGGAGGAUUGAAUUGUAGUUAUACAGUGAUUGGUUGAUUUUUGGGGUCUUAGCAUUCACCUUGUAAUAUACAAGACAAUAAAAUAAUGAACUUUAGUUACUGUUAGUCUGCUUCCUUCUGACCCAUUGCAUUGGGUCCUGCUAGAUGGGUCAGCCCCUAAGUCCUCUCCAAACCACUAACUUCAGUUAUUGUGCCUAGAAACUGAUUUUAGUUCAGAAUGUACAGAAUAACCAAAGGAGGUCCAGGUCUUUACUCUGACAUCUCUAGGAAACAAAUGAGACCUACUUGGUAAAGCUCCACCCUCCAGGAGGCAAUGCACUUCAUUCAAGUAAUAAGGGGACCUUCUAGGACUUCCUUUCUGAAAUCAGUUCUUCAAGUAUCCUUGUUCACAAGAGGUUGGACCCACAGAUCUCCAGGGGAAACCCUACACAACUACACCCAACCCCAUUGCUCAGCCAAUAGCAUCAAGAUCAAGGUCUUUUCCAUGUUCUCCAACAAGCCACAGGCUUCCUCUUUGGGUAACACAUCCAUACCCAUCAUAAAGGCAUUUAAAAAUCCCAGCUGUCAAUCAUAUAUUGCCUGCCAGACAAUUACUUUCACUUUCCAUUCAGCAUUUCCUAGAUGUCACUGCAGUCCCUCACUUUCCCCCCUCUCUCCUUACCAGCAAAUUGUGCAGCCUGUGCAUGAGCAUGGGCAUUAGGCCCCCAUCCUGGCAAAUAAGACAAGAUUUUGGGGUGAUACAAAGCUUUCCUUAAUAGCAGCACCCACAAAAUGGCGCCUCCCUGCUUGCUGUGAUUGAGAAUUCCAAGACUGAAGGAAACAAGAUUUAAAUCAUUUAUAUAGUGUAAGUACAGUUUAUUUUGUUUGACUAACACGAUUGAAGAACAAUUUGGAAUCAUUUCUUAUGGUAACAGUUCCCCCUAUAAUGGGAAUUAUGACCGAGUUAAAAAGAAAUGCUUAAUAUUAAUAAAUAUAUUUGAAAUGAAUGUUUCUUUAUUAA